AUGGGAGGCUCCUCCAACUGUCACGCCCGUUCCAACAGCCUUCCGACACGGCCGCACCCACUUGUCACAGAGUGCGACGAGCACCUCUGUCGGCUGAAGGCGCUAGACUCCGCCCCAUGGACAGCGCCAGCCAUGGUCAAGAAGCUCGCCGGGCUGCAAGACUUGCAAGAGUGCGUCAACAAGCUGCUGCUGCUACGCCGAACCAUGGACGCCUUUGCAGCACAGCGCCGGGAGAAAUGGGUCGAUGAGAUCUUUGAUGGCUCGCUAAGGCUGCUUGAUUUGUGUAGCGCUGCUAAGGAUGGCGUUAUUCAUACUAAAGAGUGCGUUAGGGAGCUGCAGUCCUUGGUUAGGAGAAGAUCUUCCUUUUCUGGGUCCUGUGGGAAUGCCGUUGCCAAUCAGGUGGAGAAAUAUUUAAUCUCAAGAAAAGUAGUGAUCAGAGCAAUUCAAAAGUCUUUAGCUAGCAUAAAGACAUACGGGACGAAAUCAAGCUCAAUUUCCAUUAAAGACACUGAAACGAUGGCCUUAAUCGCUCUAUUAUUCGACGUAGAAGCUACAAGUGUGAACGUUGUCGAAGCCCUCAUGUGCUAUGUUUUGGGGAAGAAAGGGAAGGCGAAGAGUAACGGUUGGGCGCUCGUUUCGAAGCUAAUGCGCUCGAAAAAAGGGUCGUUGAGAGAAGGGGUUGAAGAAGGAGAAGAGAACGAGUUUGCCACCGUGGAUGCAGCGGUUGACAUGGUGGCUAGUAGAUUACCGUUUGAUAACGUCGUCGCCGUGCGCGAUGGCAUCGAGAGUAUGGGGGAUCAGCUAGGGAAGUUGGAGGCAUGUGUUCAAGAUUUGGAAGGAGGGUUGGAGGGUUUGUUUAGGAGAUUGAUAGGAAAUAGGGUUUUACUUUUGAAUAUUAUCAAUAACUAG